AAAGAAAGAAAGGUACCCCGAACACCCAACAACUGCUCUCCUUUCCCCUUUAGAAAAUGGCUGAGCAUGGGGAGGCCUCCGAGGAUCGAGUUUCUGAGUUUGAUUAUGAAUAUCUCCCUGAGCUCUCUGCUCGUCUUGGGGUGGAUGCAGUUCAGCUGGCAAAGAGCCAAGAAGAAGAAGACCAUAAAGAACGGAUGAAAAUGAAGAAAGGUUUUAAUGCACAGAUGCGCAGUGAAGUCAAACGACUGAGGACUUUUGUGACCUAUGAUGCGUUCAGAUCGUGGACCCCACAGGAGAUGGCAGCUGCUGGGUUUUACUACACGGGUGUGAGACAUGGGGUUCAGUGCUUCUGCUGUAGCUUAAUCCUCUUUGGUACUAGCCUCAAGAAAGUUCCCAUAGAGAGCCACAGGAAAUUACGUCCCCAGUGUGAGUUCCUUUCGGGCAAAGAUGUUGGAAACAUUGGCAAGUACGACAUACGGGUGAAGAGUCCAGAGACACUGCCGAGAGGUGGCAAAGCAAGGUACCAUGAGGAGGAGGCCAGACUGGAGUCCUUUGAGGACUGGCCAUUUUAUGCCCAUGGGACAUCACCUCGUGUACUCUCAGCAGCUGGCUUUGUCUUUACAGGUAAAAGGGACACUGUGCAGUGUUUCUCCUGUGGUGGAUGCUUGGGAAACUGGGAAGAAGGAGAUGAUCCCUGGAAGGAGCAUGCCAAGUGGUUCCCCAAAUGUGAAUUUCUUCAAAGUAAGAAAUCCUCAGAGGAAAUUGCCCAGUAUGUUCAAAGCUACAAGGGAUUUGCUCAUGUAACGGGAGAACAUUUUGUGAAGUCCUGGGUUAGAAGAGAAUUACCUAUGGUAUCAGCUUACUGCAAUGACAGUGUCUUUUCAAACAAAGAACUAAGGAUAGACACGUUUAAGGACUGGCCCCAUGAUUCACCUGUGACUGUCGAAGCUUUGGUCAGAGCAGGCCUUUUCUACAUAGGCAAAAAGGACAUUGUCCGGUGUUUCUCCUGUGGAGGAUGCAUGGAGAAUUGGGUGGAAGGUGAUGACCCAAUAGAAGAACACACCAAGUUUUUUCCCAACUGUGUAUUUCUUCAAACCCUGAAGUCCUCUGCAGAAGCGAUCCCAACCCUUCAGAGCCACUGUGCAUGUCCAGAAGCCAUGGAAACCACAAGUGAAAGCAACCAUGAGGAUCCAGUGGCAGUUCAUUCUUCUGUGGCAGACUUGGGUCAGAGUGAAGCCCAGUGGUUUCAAGAGGCCAGGAGUCUGAGUGAGCAGCUGAGAGGCACCUACACCAAAGCCAGUUUCCGCCACAUGAACCUGCCCGAGGCGUAUUCCAGCCUCGGCACUGACCACUUGCUCGGCUGCGAGGUGUCCCUCAUUUCAAAGCACGUCAGCCGGCCAGUGCAAGUGGCCCUGACGAUCCCCGAGGUCUUCGCCAAUCUUAGCUCUGUCAUGUGUGUGGAGGGGGAAGCUGGCAGUGGAAAGACAACCUUCCUGAAGAGGAUAGCUUUCCUCUGGGCAUCAGGAUGCUGUCCCCUGUUGAACAGGUUCCAGCUGGUCUUCUACCUCUCCCUUCGUUCCAUCAGAGCAGACCAGGGACUGGCCGACAUCAUCUGUGCCCAGCUCCUAGAGGCAGGAGGAUGCAUCAGUGAAGUGAGCCUGAGCAGCGGCAUCCAGCACUUACGACACCAGGUCCUGUUCCUGUUGGAUGACUACAGUGGGAUGGACUCCCUUCCCCAAGCCCUAGACACACUGAUUACCAAAAACUACUUGUCACGGACCUGCUUACUGAUGGCCGUCCAUACCAACAAGGUCAGGGACAUCCGCCCAUACCUAGAUACAGUUCUACAGAUCAAAGAGUUUCCCUUUUAUAAUACUGUCUAUAUAUUAAAGAAGAUCUUCUCACAUGACAUAAUUCGUGUGGAAGAGUUUAUAAUUUACUUUGGAAAUAAUACAGAUUUACAGGGAAUUCACAAAACCCCUCUCUUUGUGGCAGCAGUAUGCGCUGACUGGCUUCAAAAUCCAUCUGACCAGCCCUUUCAGGAUGUGACCAUUUUCAAGUCCUAUAUGCAAUACCUGUUCUUAAAGCACAAAGCUACAGCCAGGCCUCUCCAGGCCACCAUGUCCUCCUGUGGGCAUCUGGCCUUGACAGGGCUUUUCUCAUCGAGCUUUGAGUUCAGUAGUGAUGACCUCAUAGAGGCAGGAGUUGAUGAAGAUGAAGAGCUCACCACCUGCUUGAUGAGCAAAUUCACCGCCCAGAGGCUGAGACCAGUCUACCGGUUUUUAAGUCCUCUGUUCCAAGAGUUUCUUGCUGCCAUGAGGCUCUCAGAACUCCUGGGGUCAGAUAGGCAGGGAGACCAAGAUCUGGGACUGUAUUAUUUGAGACAAAUUAACUCACCUCUGAAGGCUAUAAACUCCUAUGGCAUAUUUUUGCAGUAUGUCUCCGACCACUCUUCCUCAAAGGCAGGGCCAAAAGUUGUAUCUCAUUUGCUUCAGUUGGUGGAUGAGAAAGAGUCCCUGGAGAACAUGUCUGAAAAUGAGGAUUAUAUGAAGCUCCAUCCAGAAACUUUUCUGUGGUUGCAUUUUGUUAGAGGGUUGUGGCUAAAUUCUCCUGAAUCUUUCUCUUCAUUCCUUUCAGAACAUUUAUUGAACAUUGCCCUAAACUUUGCUUAUCAAAGCAACACAGUUGCUGCAUGCUCUCCAGUUAUUUUGCAGUUCCUUCGAGGGAGAACACUGGCUUUGAGAGUACUGAAUUCACAGUACUUUUGGGACCACCCAGAAAGCCUGUUACUGUUGGGGAGAUUAAAGGUUUCUAUAAAUGGAAAUGAAAUCUCAUCUCAUGUGGAUUAUUCAUUCAAGACAUAUUUUGAAAACUUACAGCCACCAGCUAUAGAUAAGGAGUACACAUCUGCCUUUGAGCACAUAAGUGAAUGGAAGAGAAAUUUUGCUGAAGAUGAGAAGAUCAUAAAACACUAUGGAAAUAUCUGGCCCAGGGUGCUCCCAGACAUCAGUGAAGGGUACUGGAAACUGUCCCCCAAGCCUUACAAGAUCCCUAGGCUGGACGUUGGAGUGAACAACAUGGGUCCGGCAGACCAGGCUCUGCUCCAUGUCCUAAUGGAAGUCUUCUCAGCUACACAGAGCAUUGAGUUCCAUUUAUUCAACAGCAGUGGCUUUCUUGAAAGCAUCCGCCCAGCUCUGGAGCUGAAUAAGACCUCUGUCACCAAGUGUUCCAUGUGCAGGCUGGAGCUCAGCAGAGCAGAACAGGAGCUGCUUCUCACCCUGUCAGCCCUGCAGUCUCUUGAGGUCUCAGGAACAAGCCAGAUUCCAGAUCAGCUCUUCCAUAACUUGGACAAGUUCCUAGGCCUGAAAGAACUGUCUGUGAGACUAGAUGGCACACAGGACGUGCUCUCAGUCCUUCCAGGAGAGUUCCCAAACCUCCAUCACAUGGAGAAGUUAUCCAUCCACACCUUCACAGAGUCUGACCUCUCCAAACUAGUUAAAUUGAUUCAGAACUCUCCAAAUCUGCAUGAUAUCCACCUGAAAUGUGAUUUCCUUUCAAACUGUGAGUCUCUCAUGUCUGCGCUUGCUUCCUGCAAGAAACUCAGAGAGAUUGAGUUUUCUGGACGAUGCUUUGAAGCCAUGCCGUUUGUCACCUUGUUGCCAAAUUUUGUUUUUCUGAAGAUAUUGAAUCUUAAAGGCCAACAAUUCCCAGAUAAGGAAACAUCAGAAAUGUUUGCCCAGGCUCUGGGUUCUCUCAGGAAGCUGGAGGAACUGCACCUUCCCAAGGGGGACGGGAUUCACCAAGUGGCCAAACUUAUUGUCCAGCAGUGUCUGCAGCUACCCUGUCUCCGAGUUCUCGCCUUUCACCACGUCUUGGACGAUGACAGUGUGACUGAAGUUGCCAGGGUGGCAACUAGCGGAGGUUUCAGAAAUGAGAACUUAGAUCUUUCAAUGAAUCACAAGAUUACUGAGGAAGGAUACAGAAAUUUCUUUCAAGCCCUGGACAACCUGCCAAACUUGCAAGAGCUGAACAUCUGGAGGCAUAUCCCAGAAUGCAUCCAAGUUCAGGCCAGCACCGUUAAGGCUCUGGGUCAGUGUGUGUCCCGACUGCCCAGCCUCACCAGGCUGGGGAUGCUCAGUUGGCUGCUGGAUGAAGAGGACAUAAAUGUUAAUGGCGUGAAGGGAAAGACCCCUCAGUCCAAACGCUGACUUCUUCUGAAAUGGAUAGUCCCGUUCUCUCCUGUUGUCAGGAGUAAAAGGAAGCUCCUGAAGGCUGCAGUUCCAAAUACCUGA